AUGCUCACGGACGACCACAGGCAUUUCGUGGACCAGAAGUCGCAGACGGACCACCUGCUGAGGUUAACGAGCGUGAUCAGCGACCACAUAGCGGCCGCCGUGCCAGAGGACGGACGACAGGCUCUGGAAGGAGGUGGCGCACCUGGACAGGCGCAUGUCCAGGCUCGCCAGGGACUGCAAGACCUUCGUCACGGAGACCAGCCUGCUGGCGGGUUCCCCUGGCAGCAGUCCCACGGCGCACAAGGAGACCGUGGAGAAGCUGAAGACCAACAUUGUGGGCAUCCGGACGCUCCUGGAGAAGGAGGCCGCCACCCACAAGAAGAAGCUGGAGUCCAUCGAGAGGAGCACCGGCGAGGUCAAGGCAAAGGUGCUGCAGGCGAUGUCAAAAGAAUCGCUGGCCGUCAUCGAGAAGCAGUCGGCGUCCAUCACCAAGACG